AGUAACAUUCUCAGUUCUUGUUUUGUAGUAACAAAGACAAGGCUAGUGAUCAAACUUCGAAACCCUAGAAAUCUCUUGAGAAUGUCAACUACUGACGGUGCUUGCGGUGCCUCAAAUUUCAGAGAGAGUGCCGAGGCUUGGCAUUGGCAAGGAGAGGAAUAUUGUCUUCGACAAGAUGCAGAUUUUGCAAUGUCAGGUUGCCAAUGGAGUGAAGCGACUUUGAAUGCAGAAGAUGUUUCCUACAUGCUUGAUGAUGAAACAACCCCUGUUAAGGCAUGCGGGGAUUUGGCUUACCAUGCCAGUCAUUGUGGUGAUGUGAAUAAGGGACCAAUAGAAUUCAAGGAAACUUCUUCACAAGUAAAGAGGCGACGUAUGCUACAGUUUGACAAUCAAGUAGCAGACUCUUCCUUAUGCUGCAACGAGAUGCCUUCUGCAUUCCUAAAAUUAAAUGUGAGAGGAGAACCUGUUGAAGAAGUUUUACCUGAAGCAUCACAGUGGGUUUCUUGUAUUUCAGGAGAUGUGUCUGCCUCUUGUUAUGAGGACCUGGAUGAGUCAUUUGAUGGUUGGUUUGCCGAAUGCUUUAACAAUGCUGAGACAGAUAUUAGCUCUGAUGAUAUGAACAUCUCUGGGGCGUCGAGUGUACAAAUUCAUAUUUCAGAGUUUGGCAAUUCACCACCUGCUUGUAAUACUAAUUCAGUUCAGCAAUGUGUGACUCAAACUCCUCAAAAUGUUGUUUUUAAAGGCGGAAAAUCUUUCAUACGGACUCCAACUAAAUCAGCUUCUUCGGUUGCCUAUCCAUUUGCCUUCAUAAAACCGUGUGGAAUCCAUGGAGCAGUUACUCUGAAGGACAUAAACCAGCGGAUCCACACACCACCAUCAAACUCAAAGCAAAAUAUUGAAGGUCCCUCUGCCUACCCAACUUCAGCUUUUUCUGGGAAGCCAGUUGUCGGUAAAACAAAAAUUCACACUGAAGGAGGCAAAGGCAGCAUCACAAUUAUGAGAACCAGAGGCUGAGUAGAUAAGUUUUCUUCCAGAAUCCCAGCAUAGAAAUUAAGAUAGAAAAUUCUAUUUUUGAAGCAUCUCAAGGAUAUCAUAAAUCACAGUAGGGUGCUUAUGUUUCCCAGUUGUGUUGUAUCUAAGGUCUCUAGUAGCCUUUUAUCUGACCUGACGUUGCUUGUAGACUACAGUGUAACCAUGAUGUGCAUUAUUCGGUCAGCCUAUUUUCUUUAGCGACAGAAAAUCUCAUGAAUGCAUGUCUAAUUUCUCUU